AUGGCCACAGCAUCUGCGACUAUGUCGACAAAUCCCAUCGCCACUACUCCUUCCCUUCAUCCUCCCUUCACGUCUCGCGACAGGCUGCGUUUUGCGCUCUUCCUUAUCAUUCCUGUCUACGCACAGCUCUGCAUUUUGCCUUCAAUCUCUUCUACGCUUAAGCACAUCUAUAUCGUCGGCACUACUGGCAUUUGUAUCAUCCAGUUCAGCGGAGACCUCGUUGGUGGAGAACUCAUCAAUCUUGGUCUAGUCGGGGAUAUCGUCUAUGGCCUGGCGAUAUCUCGUUUCCCGCACUUGAGUAAAUCGUAUUCGCUGACAGCCUGGAUUAUACCUGAGAUCGAGGGCUGGCGCGGUACAGUGAUCCAAUGGGCGAUUAUGUUGAGAUCCUUGAUGUAUCUCUUACCGGAGAACUAUGGUAGCAAAGUCGAAGUAAUUCUCGCGAAUUAUAAAGACGUACAUUCCCGAUUUGGCAAAUACGUUGGGAUCUUCUCAUUAUUCGUUACUAUAACAUUCCUCGAGUCGGUGUUGAAUAAGAACCUUGGACCAGUCGACGAAAACAACUUAAAAGAAUACCUAGAAACAUGGCAUAAGGUUCUUGUUGUCUGGUGGAUUCUCUGCUUCUUCAUUGAAUAUCUAUGCAUAGUACGUUUGAAUUACAUCCAUCUUUGCAGAUACGGCAUACCCGUACGUUUCAAACUAUGGCCACACAAGGUUGUGGUCAAGGCAUCACAGAACCACCAGGGACAGAUCGUCAUCGAGGAAGAGCUCCAGUAA